CUUCGCGGCACCUUCCUCUCACAGGGCCUGCGGUACGACGUGGAUCAUGAGCGCCGUAGAAAACAGCAAUUAAGUCUACUCUACGGCCGAACGCGUGACGAGGUUGAGGAGGAGGAACGCCUAAUUGGUGAGUUAAAUCGUAUUGAAGCACGCCGCCGAGAUCGGGAACGAAAGAAGCAGGAUCUGCAAAAGCUAAUUUCUCAGGCGGAAUCGGUGGCCCGUGAUGGUACCGAUCGAUUGGAGUCGUUUACUCCAACCGACGAGCGUAUUGGUCUUUCCGGCGCGGCUAUCGGCGCCGCAAGUUUCGUAUCGUCUGGCCGUGGCUCUCAUCAGAUGGGCUCAGUUAGUGCAGGCCUAUCCGCCGUUGCUACUGCCGUCUCUAGCAGCCUGGCCGCAUCGACCUCUAUUGCGUUUCCAGAUUUCAGCAAGAACCCCGGAGUUCACCUGCGUAGCCAGAAGGUAUUAUUGUGCAGUUUGUAA